GUGAUUAGAUUGUAUUAAUAAUCAGCGAUUCAACAUGGCACAAAGAGCAACAGUACAUUUGUGUAAGCUUUAUCUUUGACGAGGAUACCUCAAAAAAACAACAGAAAUCCACGGUCUUGGGCAUUGUUUUUGUUGUUGUUGUUUUUGUAUACUUAGUUGUUGUGUGUAGGACUUGGUUUCACUGCUUCUUCCCUGCAGUGUCAAAUACUGUACCCAAGGUGUCAAGACGGAAAAGCGGUCGAGGACAGACAAUCUUAUUUGAAACCUUCAAUCGGUGUUGUUAUCUGCAUUUUCUUCAACAAACUCAACAGCUGUGUGGAUGUCGACAUGGAAAGUACGACUGGAUCUAGCGGUAUUGAUAAGUCAUGGGACCAUGCGUGGAGUACGGAUGAAAUGCGAAAGAAUCGGAGGGACUGGAGUCUUGCUGCGGACUCUGGUCUCUUGAAUCAUCUACAGGAAUUUUCAGAGAAUUUAGUGAAAAGAGCAAAUGAAACUUACGGUACUAUCAAUUCUCUGACAGAUCAAUUAAAUCAAACAUCAUUAUUAGUUGAUAAUAUUACGAAUACCUCAAUGGCCUUGUCCAAUUCACAAUUCAUCGAAAGUAGAGUGCAAGAGGAUAAUACUGAAAUAGAACAGCCUCCUGAAGAUGAUAAAACAAAAGAGAUUGAGGAGGAACUUAACGACGCAGAUAUGUUAGAAAGGGUCUGUGAAAGUAUAAGAGAAGGUUUGAAAAUAAUGAAUGAGAAGUUUGAACGAGUGGAAGUUAUAGCUAGUGACAGCGAGGAUGAUGAUGACAAUACAUUACCAAGUGUAAUAUACAGGCCAAAAGAUCCGUACAAAGAUAGACCCCUACCAUAUGUUAUGGGUUCAGAGAAGUGGAAUGCAUCUACUAAAGUUGGUUUGGAGACGAGUAGUAGUGAAUCAGAACAGGAAGAUGAAGAAGAUUCAUCUAGUGAUGCAGAUAACAAAAAAAUUCCAAACGUAUUAAGUUCCCAUACUCGUGAUAAUAUGGGUCCUGGAAGAAUGUCAUCCACCUCAAGUGAGUCUAACGACUUUAAUGUUGAAAGUAGCAGUAUUAAAGAUGUUGAUAAGAGUAGACUGUAUGGUAGGAGUCAGGAUACUCUAAACUCAGAUACAGAACCUACAACUCCUUCUAGCGUUUUACCAAAGACUCAACAUAUAAGUAACGUUUCAUCAAGUUUUGCCGAAGAAUUAGCCAAGAGACUAGGCAGCGUGAUGCCACCUGAGAGAAAUGUAAUGGCUCGAGAUGCAAAUGAGCCGGUCAUAAGAAAUGUAGAAGAGGAUAUUUUUAACCCUGAAGAAGACCAAAGUUCAUCCAAGAACAAACCUGAAGACUUAUUUAGUCAGGGAAAGAAUCUAUUUUCUAAUGAAACUUCGCCCCCCUUGUGGACGAAUAAGCCUGUCAGGCCUGUAAAUAAAAAUAUAAUUCCUGCAAGCAUUGAUGUACCACCACCAUUGAGCAACAUGUCAUCGGCUCCGAAAUCAACGAUAGACGAUCUAUUCGGGGAUGCCGAUGACUCGGAAGACUCGGACGACAUAUUUUCGAAUAAAGCCUCAAAGAACAUAUUCGCUUCCGAGCGAGAAGCUGUGAAAUCAGAUGUCAUGAACAAACAGCAUCUGAAAGUUGACAGCACGAGCACCAUCACCACCAGCACACCAGAGAUGAACGACAAAGGGAAAGGACUGUUCGAGGACGACGACGACGACGACGAUCUCUUCAACACAGCUGCCAAGGAGUUCAAGCUACCAGACAAUCCCUCGGAUCUUGCAAAAAAGAAACCUGUCGGUGGCGUCUCGAUCUUUGGCAAGGUGGACAUGUGGUCCUCCGUCAAACACCGGCGAUCAUCCUCGUCGUCGACGUCGGGCUCGAGCGACAACGAUCAGCAAGCCAACUCCAGCACGAAUCCGGCAAACGUGACCAUAAGCGCGACCGGUUUCUCAAAGAACACCACCAGCGGCAGUACCGGCAACAACAACAACAACGCGUUUUCAUCCCUCGAGGCAGGAAACAACGGGACGGCCAAUUCGGCCGCUCUGUCGAACAAUAGUAUGAACAACGGCAGCAGCAGUGGAAUUUCGGUGCAACAGCCAUACAUCGACAACACUGCGGGAUCCAGUUCCGGAGCGGACUUUCAGCCGUUGAUGUCCUCGAGCCGCCUCAAGUCCGAGGAGAUCUACCGCGAGCACCUGACCAGCGACAGCCUUUUCGCGAGUAAAGUCAAGAGCAGCGGCAACCCCGUCGAUCAGCCGCGACGGGAGCAACAGCAGCCACUGCCCGAGGAUGUGUCGGAGGAUUCCGAGGACGUAUUCGGGCCACCGCCGCUGCCCAAGGACAAUCCCAAGUCUAAGCAGGUAGCCUCGCUGUUCGACGACUCGGACUCCGGGGACGACCUCUUCGCCAGCGCCAGUCCCAGCACGAGGUCCCGCAAGAGCAGCGAGCCCACACCUUCGCGCGCGCCACCGUCCACCACCUCGCAGCCCCAGCCCAAGAAAAAGAACCUCUUUGACGACGAGAUCGACCUGUUUGACGCCAAGGACGCCCCGGACGUCGACCUGUUUGCCGCGGCGCCCAUACAGAGCCUGUCCAAGGUGGCGGAGGGCCUCUUUGACGACGUGCCGUCCCUGGACGACGGCGACCUGUUCAAGCCGGGUGAAACCAGUCCCCCGAGGCACCCGACCAAGGUUGUGUCGCCGAGGACCGAGCAGCAGAAGAAGCAGCCCAGGGGCCUGUUCGACGAGGACUCGGACGACUCCGACUUGUUUGGCGGGGCCUCGAAAUCCCGCGCCUCCGGGGGCCUCUUCGAGGAGGACUCGGUCUUGUUUGGCUCCUCCACGAGGAACGUUCCGGAAAAAAAGGUCGUUGACAAGCUGCCGGUUGUCGAGUCUGCGGGCAAACCUACGAGUCUCGUGGCCGGUAAGAGCGCCGGGGCGCCCGAGGAUAGGUCCAAGCUGGUGAAGCCGAAGAAGCCGGCCGCGAGUAUUUUCGACGACAGCGACGACGACGAGGACCUCUUUGCCGGCUCGACCAAGAAGAUCGGGGGUAAGAAAUUGUUGGGGGAGGGCGAGGGUGUCAUGGACGAAGAAAAAGUGUCGGGGCGCGAUGGUGCCAAAGAGGAGAAGAAGAGUGUAUUCGAGGAGGAGGAGGAUGAUGGGGACGACGAAGACGAGGACGACCUGUUUGCCGACAAGAGGAAGAAAAAGAAGAAAGUGAGCGAAGGCUCGCCGCCGGUGGCGAGUCCCGAGGCUGGAGCAAAGACUGAAACGGCCAAGCCGAAGAAUCCCCUUUUCGCGGAGAUGAGGCAGAAGCUCGAGAAGCAGCACAGGGGCGAGAACGGCAACGGGGCCGAGCACGAGAGCGUCGUCGAUGGUGCCGCGAGCUCGAGGAAGAAGCCACCAAAGUCGCUGACCAUCCAGGUGGGUCUGCCGCUUCCGACGUCGGACAAGAACUCGCCGAGCCAGGGGUUCAAGAAGCCCGCGGUUUCUGCGAAAAUUAAGAACCUCAUGGGCAACAUGGAAGGCCUGAGGAUGCUCUCGCCGACCGACGACUCGACGCCCUUCAGGAAAAACAACAAGGAGGAGAGCAACGGCAACGACGACGGACAGGAGACGCCUGGGGGCCACGCGAGCAGCGAAGCCAGCUCACCGAGUUUGGCCAGCGGUGCUUCGUCGCCUCACACGUCGGGUUCCAGGGCGAGAGACUCGCCGUCCUUGAGGUCGGAAAAUACGGAGGGUGCCAUUAGUUUCGACGAGCCGGCUCAGGUGGAAACCCUAACGUCGAUCGCUUCGAAGAGUCGAGCGCGUAUCCCAGCCAAACGACGACCGCAGAGCAGAGAAGCCCGCCAGUCUGCCUUACUGCAGAGCGGCAUAGAUUUCGAUGUGCCAGACGUCAUUACAAACAGUCCGACGAGCGAUCAGCCAAACGGCGAUGCCAAUGGCGACGUCAGAGCCGGUGUUGUUAGACCGCAGUUGGGGAAGACGGUCGACGACAAGUCGGAAAUCAGUGCUUCGAGGAACACUUCGACGAAUCUGUUGUCGCCCUCGACCGACGAGGAGGACUUGUUCGAUGUGCCCCCUGAUCUGCCGGAAGAUCCAGCCGGUAAGGAGGACUCGUUGUUCGGGAGGGCCCCAAUUUUGUCGCCAAUCGAGAGAAUAGAGAGGCCUAGAGGGAAGCAGAUGAAACACGAGGACGUUACGGAUCACGGUAAACGGGGUGGAGUGGAGAAAAAACGGAAAGAGGAAAAAGUCGAGGCUGCCAUUGAUCCUCUGAGGGACGACAGCCACGAUCCUCUCAAAGAUCCGAGCCAGCUGUUUGCCUUUGUCACAAAAACCCCAUCGCCGGAGAAAAAUGAAGGUUUGAAGCUCAGUGAGGAUGACGAUAGUUUGUUCUCCAAUUCCUCAAAGUCGAACAAAAAAGCAGUGGAGACGAAGACAAAGUCGAGUUUGGGUCUGUUCGACAACGAUGAUGAUGACAUGAGCAGGAGCGAUCUUUUCUCGUCCGGCAAAACGAAAAUGGAAAAGAAACCAUUGAGGGACACGAAAAUCGACUUGUUCGAUGAAGCUGCGCUCGAGGACGUCGACGACGAGAGUCUCUUUGGUUCUGCCAAGAAGAAGAGCGAGCCGGCAGAAGUUAGAGAAGAACCGCCUCCUUUGGAUGAGAAACCAGUGCCUAAGAGCACCAAAACGACUGCUACGGACAUCUUUGGUGAUUCGAGCGACGAGGACGACCUGUUCGCCAGCAGUAAGAAGGCUAUACCCAAGAAAACGUCGACGUCGUUGUUCGACGAUGAAGAUGAUGACGACGACAAUGACAGCAAUAAUGAUAUAUUUGGAAGUUCAAAGUCAGCGUUUUUGCAGGAUAGUAAAGCGAAAAUCAAUAGCACCAGGCCGGUGGUGAAGAAAGCAGUAACAAGAGAUUUGAAGAAAACAGCCGAGAAAAUCGUACAAGAUCCGUUGAGUCUGCUGCAGGACGAUUAGAAAACAGCGUUGUAGUGUUUUAUAUGGCAUGUGUUUUACAUGAAAAUGUGAUACUUUUAAUUUAAUGAUGUAUUGAGGAGUACGAAUAGAGCGUGUCUAACUUUCGGUUGUUUAUUAAUAUUAUUUUUAUUUUGUUAUAAAUUUCUUUUUUCUUUUUUCUUUCUUUUUUUUUUUAAGUGAAUAAGAUUAUUGAUUUUAGAUGCUAUCAAUUUGAAUUUUCUUUCAUGCUGUUAGAGCGUGAACGAAGGAAAACUGUUGCAGUACUUUAAAACUGAACAAAUUGUUUAUUAUUUACACAUCAUGUUGGAGAAAAAUUACCACCUUAGAACUAUUUGUAUUUUCGAUUUUUUUUUCCACAAUCGGAUAGAAAAAUAAUAGAAUCAACUUUGUACAUUUCAAUGAAUCACAGUUUCAUGUAAUUGUUCAUUAGUUAAACAAUGAUCAUUCAUCAAAUAUUUCUGAUAAACUCAUGAUUUCCCAUUUAAAACGAAUAAUAAUUGAUCAAUUUUUUAAUAAUAUAUUUUUAAUUUAUUUAUUAAACUACAUUACAACGUCCAACGCAGUGAAUUAUUGAAAUCAACUUCAUAUAGUUUGUCACUUUAAGAUAAUUGUAUUAUUGAAUCAUCGAAUAAAGCGCUGGACGCUGAACUUUUCUAGCUUUAAAUGAUCAAAGUGUAACUAAUUUUUCGUCUAAAUAUUGAAAAAGUUAUUCUCAUUAAACAAAGUUUUAAAUUAUUGUGUCAAAAUGAUACUUUUUAUAACGAGUGUAAUAACUUUUUACGUUAAAAGAUGUAAUCUUUCACCAGAUGAAAAGUGUUGACAUGUAAAUAGUUUAUAACAACGAUACUAAAGUUAAUUUUUACUCACAAAAAUGAUACUUAUUGGUGUACAUACGAUUUGCAAAAUAUUAUUUAUGGAUGAAACAAAAUUUCGAAGAUGUCGCAUUUAAACGAAAUCGAACCCAAAUGUUGGCGAUAGUAAAGUGUUGGAGCAAAUCAAAUAUCGAAAGGGUUUGGUUAAUGUAAUUAACGAUUAAAAUUUUUUAUCGCUACGGUGUAAAUAAAAUAAUAGUUUGUUGUCGAUGUAUACUGUAUGAUAAAUUAAGCAUCAUCAACACGAACCACGUAUAACGCUUGCAUGAUCGAAAAAAAGUCUGUUUGAAAAAAUUUACGCGCAUACCUGAAUAAAUAAAUAUAACAUAAAUCAAUUUGGUUUCCUUCAACAACCCUAGAAACGUUUAUUACUAUAGAAAAAAAAAAAAAAAAAAAAAAAGGCUUGGUGUAAUAAAAUGCUUUCAUUUGCAGCGUGUGUAACAAUCGAAGCUACACAUGAACGUGACG